GUUGGAGACGUAAAAAACAAACAACCUUUAAACAAGGAUAUAGAAUUUAAUUAGUUAUUUGACGGUAUGUGCGUCAAACAGAAUCCUUCUUUGUCUGAACUCGAUUUGUAACGUAGUUUAUGAGCAGACGUGGGCCCAGCUGUCUACCUUCAAGUUUUACCGCAGGUUAUAUACAGAAGUCGACUUCUUAUAGUGAUCUUCACUUCUUAAUUGGUCCAGAGAGAAACAGACAUCAGAAAAUAAAUUAAAUAUUAAGAUAAGAUGGCAGGAUUCGGUGCCAUAUUUUGGAUACAACAUGGUAACAACACGCCCAUGACUGACAUCAUGACCACCCCGGAAGUCGUGCUCUCCCACAAUAUUUUCAUCGUCCUCGCUUCCGUGUUCGUGCCUAUAGGGAUCGUUGGCAACAUCCUCGUCUUUUGUGGCAUCCUGCUCUACCCAGGCUUCUACAACAACAACAACGUCAUGAUAUUAGCCAUCGCAUUCUUUGAUUUUGGCACCAGUGCUAUGACUCUACCCUUUUUUAUCGUGUGUUACUCAACUUUGUCUUUAAGGGAUACUAUAGGAAGAUACAAAUAUUUCUGUCUAUUAAAGCUAUCUUCCCCAAUGAUAACUGCCGAUGGUUCUCUCUACUGCCUGAUGCUUUUGUCCAUUGACCGCUAUCUGGCCAUCAUGUUUCCUUUGAAGUAUGCUAACAUGGUCACUUUCAAAAGAGCCAUUUACGUAACGGUUUCAGUGGUUAUUUUGACAUUUGUCAAGGCAAUGAUUCCGAUUUUAGGAUGGAACUAUUACAAUCCCAACAUUCCAAAUCUGGACAAGAGAUGUAAUUUCUACAUGACAUUACCGAAACCUUUUCUGUUCUGGUUCCUGUUGGUGCCCAAUGACACUGUCAUUGUAUUAGCCGCCGCCAUCAACAUUCACAUCGCCUUCAUCGUGUUUCGUCAGCUGAGGUCGUUCAAGUCACAGAGCUCCGUGUGGACCAGCGAGCAGAGGAAAGCCUUCCGCGCGAAAAUAAGCAGCGUGAAGAUUACCCUGGCACUCAUGUUCCUUUUUAUAAUCCUGGAUGCACCCUUCUUGAUGGUUUUGCCGUUUAAGAUAAAACAAGUCUUGCCUCCACACCUUGUCGAGGCGAUGAAAGUCUAUGCGACACUUUUGUCCUUUGGUAACGCUCUUGUCAACGGCCCUGUUUAUGCUACGAUAAGAAAUGAGUACCGCAGCGUGUACUAUACCAUGUUGACCACCGCCCCAUGGAAAUGGAAGAAGUCUUUGAAAAACUUACAUCGCGAGAAGAACACCACCUUCAUCACCUCGUCUGUACAGAACCAGUCGGUUGCAAUGCAAGACGACGUUGAGGAAGAAUAUGAAGCGCCUUUACCGAUAGAACCCGAUUUACCAAGUAAAGCGUCGAAAGCUGGCUCGAAAGAGGGCGCUUCGUCUAUCGUCAGCACUGUGGUGAAGGCCUAUGACGUCGACGGGAAUAGGGAAAAAACGACAACAUCAGUGGACAACUCUAAACUCUCCAGCCUUAUGUCAAGCCAGGGCAAGGGCUCCGUUUUCAGCCAGGCCGAGAAGCAAAGCUCGGUCGAUGGUGGAAGGAAAAAUAAAAUGGCGGCCUGGGGUCAAGGCUACUGGUUCCAGGAGGAGGUCGCCUACAACAUGACCAGGACUCAGAUCAUGGCGACCCCGGAAGUAGUGCUCGCACACAACAUUUUCAUCCUUUUCGCUUCCAUCUAUGUGCCUAUAGGCAUCGUUGGCAACAUCCUCAUCAUCGGCGGCAUCCUGCUCUACCCAGGCUUCUACAACAACAACAACAUCAUCAUAUUAGCCAUCGCUUUUUUUGAUUUGGGCACGAGUGCUAUGACGCUUCCUUUUUUUAUCAUUUGUUACUCACAUUCGCCGUUAAGAGAUACAAUAGCGAGAUACAAAUAUUUAUGUCUAUUAAAGCUAACUUCCCCAAUGGUAACUGCCGACGGUGCUCUCUAUUGCCUGAUGCUUUUGUCCAUCGACCGCUAUCUGGCCAUCAUGUUUCCUUUGAAGUACGCAAACUUGGUCACUUUCAAAAGAGCCAUCUACAUGACGGCAACGGCUGUUAUUUUUUGCCUUGGCAAGGUGUGGAUUCCUGUUAUGGGCUGGAACACGUACAGUCCCAGCAUUGCCGAUCUGGGCGAUCGAUGUAGUUUCUACCGAACAAUACCGCCAGUUUUUCUCUUUAAUUUUGAGCUAAUCCCCAUGUACUGUUCCGUUUUUCUGUCCGCCUUCAUCAACAUUCACAUCACCAUCAUCGUGUUUCGUCAACUGAGGUCGUUCAAGUCACAGAGCUCCGUGUGGACUAGCGAGCAGAGGAAAGCCUUCCGCGCGAAAAUAAGCAGCGUGAAGAUUACCCUGGCACUCAUGUUCGUAUUUAUAAUCCUGCAUUUGCCUUUGUUGAUGGUUUUUCCAAUUAAGAUAUAUGACCUCAUGGCCCCACAUACUUCAGAAGCGUUGGAAGUAUAUGCGACAGUUAUGUCCUUUGGUAACGCUCUUAUCAACGGCCCUGUUUAUGCUGCGAUAAGAAAUGAGUACCGCAGCGUGUACUAUACCAUGUUGACCACCGCCCCAUGGAAAUGGAAGAAGGCUUUGAAAAACUUACAUCGCGAGAAGAACACCACCUUCAUCACCUCGUCUGUACAGAACCAGUCGGUGGCAGCUAAAGAUGAGGAUGAAGAUAACGCACCUUUACCGAUAGAACCCGAACCACCGAGCAAAGCGUCGAAAGCUGGCUCGAAAGAGGGCGCUUCGUCUAUCGUCAGCACCGUGGUGAAGGCCUAUGACGUCGACGGGAAUAGGGAAAAAACGACAACAUCAGUGGACAACUCUAAACUGUCAAGUCAGGGCAAGGGUUCCGUUUUCAGCCAGGCCGAGAAGCAAAGCUCCGUUGGCGGUGAAAAGAACACUUCUGUCUAAGCAGAUUUUCAGGUAAAGAGAACUCUUUGUUUAACGACAUUUUCAGGUAAAGAGAACACUUUCAAAGGCAUUGUUAGACAAAUAUAACUAUUCUGUUUGUAUCCCGCGGCCAAAAUAGUAUAACAGCGACAUUAUUGUGUACAAGUCGUAUACCACUAAACGAUUAUGAAUCACUGCAACAUCCAAACUAUGCAUGGGUUUGUCUUUCGUAGAUGGACCUAUUGUAGAGUUGUAGGUUUUAUUUCAACUGCAUGUACAGACGGUAAACUAUUGGUGGAUGGUAAGCUUUAUGUGCAUCGAUACACCGUUAAAAUGUGCAUAGAAUAUUGCCAUAAACAAGUUGUUAUUCUAUUAAAUAGUUUAAUUGCUAAAUAAAAACUACUAAUGUACUUUGAUAAAAUUGUGGUAAAUUUAUAAAUAAUAGUUUCAUCAACUUAUAGCAGUACAAAUUACUAUCGCUGAAUCCAAUUUCGCUUAAUUAACUACAAAUAAAGAUUACAAGACAAUUUCUUUUACAGUCAAUAACAACUGAAUUUACUUAAAAUACUAUAAGUUGAUACAUUCAAACAAUGUAUCAAAUAUGAAAGAAGGACGAUCGUAGUUAUUUUCUUCAUACAAACGUCGGUUCUUUUUUAAAAUUUUGAUUGUUUUUUUUUUUUUUUUGUUUUUUUUAUAAAAUGAAGCUAUUUUUCAAAGAUUGGCUUUUUAAUUUCGAUAGAUAUGUGUUUAGCUAUUUUUAGAAUUUAUCUUUUUUUUUCUUUAGUUUGGCAUUUUAUUUAGCAAUUUUUUCUAAUGUUCAAUUAGUUUUUAAGUAAUAUGGACAUUAAUUACACUUAUAACGACCAUACUUUCAAAAACUAUGUGGAAGAGGAUUAAAUAACUAAUAUAAAUAAAAUAAAGAUCCAAUGUUUCUGUUGUGCGGUGUUUUGAAAGUGUGUGGGUUGAGAUAUUGAAGGUGUAAGUUCAAUAAUAAAGUGUUUUUAUUUCUUAAGUUUAUUAUUUUUAAUAAAAGCAAAACAAAUUUA